GACUGCGUUAGGGUUUUUGCCGUGCUGCGUGCGUACGAAGUCGGACGAAGGACGAGAAAGCAGCCGGCGGCGAGAUGAAGACGAUUCUCUCCUCGCAUACCAUGGAUAUCCCCGAGGGGAUCACCGUGAAGGUGAACGCCAAGAUCGUGGAGGUGGAAGGCCCCCGCGGCAAGCUCACCCGCGACUUCAAGCAUCUCAACCUCGACUUCGCCCUCCUCGAGGGUGGGAAGAAGCUGAAAGUGGAGGCCUGGUUUGGUUCGCGCAAGACCAUCGCCGCCAUUCGCACCGCCAUCAGCCACGUCGGGAACCUCAUUACCGGUGUAACCAAGGGCUACCGGUACAAAAUGCGGCUCGUCUACGCCCAUUUUCCCAUAAACGCUUCCAUCCCCAACGACAGCACCUCCAUCGAGAUCCGGAACUUCCUCGGGGAGAAAAAGGUCCGGAAGGUCGAUAUGCUUGAAGGUGUUAAAAUUUUUAGGUCAGAAAAGGUUAAGGAUGAACUUGUCCUUGAUGGAAACGAUGUUGAACUGGUCUCUCGCUCUGCUGCCUUGAUAAACCAGAAAUGCCAUGUGAAGAACAAGGAUAUAAGGAAGUUCUUGGACGGAAUUUACGUCAGCGAGAAGGGAACAAUUGCCGAAGAAGCGUAGUUGUUUUGAUUUAAGUUUUAAAUUAUAAAGUUCGCUUGGUUUUUAGUUCAGUCCAUUUUGCCUUCCUGUAUUACUCUGUUUCUCUUGUUGUUCUUCAAGUUCAAGAUAUUUAGCUGUGGAGACAUUAACUUUUAUCCCAGGCUUUUCUAAGUGAUUCACACUCUCAGUAUGGAUUUGACUUUUA